CUCAUUAGUAUUUUGUAGUAAGAUUAGAUCAGCAGUGAGAACCCACAAACCUUCAGGAACGUUAUGAAUUGCAGCUCUUUUUCACUUUCCCACCCUAAUUGCAAUGCCAUGCUAAUCAAAGCAUUCCGUUACUGAAACUGACUCCUAGCUUUCUUUCCACGUACUGCAAAGCUCAUUAGCAUAUUUAUAAUCCAGGGACUCACCCUAUCAUGUGAAAUGCAAAAUGUGACAUUGACCACAUGUUGGCCCUCGUGGCCUGGAACAGGUAGCUUCUGACAUGUGCAGAAAGUAAAACGUGUAAGGGAGCUUGAUGAACUUAUAAGCAUAAUAGAACCUGACACAAGCUUGUGAGAGGAAAGGAGGGGAGAGAAGACUUCAGACACACGUCUUUAUUCCCCACCCACAAGAUGAUUCAUGCCUGGAUGAAGCAACAAUUAAAAAUUAUAUAUAUUUAUAAAGAUGGAUUACUUGCUCUAGGCUGUAAAAUAAACCCAAGAGCUGCACUGAACUCCGUCUGAAAUCUCCUCGACAGUCACGUCCCUCAAAUCAGGAUGGAGAGUCUGGAUGAAUUGGAGCACCCGCUUUUGGAUGACAGCCCUACACAUUCAUCCAGAACGGGCAACAGCAGCCUCUUCAAGGGCAUUUUUGUGAGAUGCGAAGAUGAAAAAAGACCCCCUUCUCUAGCAUGGAGGAGCUAUUCUGGUCCUAAAGACAUAUCUCAGCAGCAGCUGCUGGAUCCAUGUUCGCUCCCCAGCACACUCGAGUCCUUCUACACUUCUUCUGCUCCUAUAUGGGGCCCUGCAGACUCCCUGGGCCUCCACAGCAAGGAGUAUCUGGAAACCACAUUCAUGGACAUCGGGCCUGGAUCUCCUCUGGAGCGGAAGUUGUUGGCAGUAAGCAGAGACGUCCACAGCGUGUCCUACAGCAUGGAGGAUGAAGAUGACCUGCUGCCUGACUUUGAGGAUUCCUCCAGUGAUGACUUCACUGACACGGAAAGUGAAAGCAACUUCCCUCUUAUGAUCCCGCAGGAUCACCUCGGCCUGGCCUUCUUCUCCAUGCUCUGCUGCUUCUGGCCUUUAGGCAUUGCUGCCUUCUAUCUGUCUCAGAAGACGAACAAAGCAUGGGCACAGGGUGACUUCCAGACAGCGAGCAAGGCGUCUCGUCACACUCUGUGGCUCUCCAUCAUCUCCAUCAUCUUCGGCAUCAUCACUUACAUCUGUGCUGUCGCUGCGCUCAUCUCCUACCUGUCCGGGAAGCCGCCUUAAAAACAUACUCUGUGUCAGGCCCCUCCCCUUUUACAAUGCUGUCCCUGCCUCCUGAAGACAAUGAAAUUCUGCGCAUACACUCACACAAAUCUGUACCAUGUAUUAACAAUGGGAUCUUAUUCUAAUUAACCUGCCCGGAUUGAAACCAUCUGGGCUUGUAAAAGGAUGGACACAAAUAUGACAGAUGGGAAAUGGAUCUCAGGACAAAUCUAACAGAAGAAACACGUCCCGAUUUUGUUGGAACCCUUACAGCAGUGCAGCAAUGGCCCAAUGCCAUGGAGUAAAAACAGCUUGCGUAGAUAAGAGACCUGGUUCCUCCCAAAUGAUUUUUGAAACCUGAGGGUUUUUUUGAAGGACUUGACAAGGACUAAAAGAACAGAAGUUCCUGCAGGUUGUUUUCUUCCUGCUUAUGGAGAACAAAGGCACUGGUUUUUGAAUUAAUAUAUCCAGUAACACCUGGAUACAAUUUAUGGGAUAUGGCUAUUCAAAACAACACCAUACAUACACACACACACACACAAUUUGUGACAAUAAUUGUCUCCUGUCUGAAAUGCAUUUAAUCAUUCAUCUUUAGUCAGUGCUUUAUCCUGGUCAGGGUUGUAACAGAUCCUGUCCCAUGAACCCUGAGCAAAAGGCAGGAAUGAGACGCCAGUACACACAUACAUACUCACACUGAGGGGUCGUUUAGAGUAGUCUAUCUACCGGAAUGUUUUUGGGAGGUACUGAGAAGAAUAUCAUGCAGUCACAUGGAGAACAUGGGAAACUCCACACAGACAGUAAGCCAAGCUCAGGAUCGAACAUGGGACCCUGGUGCUGUGAGGUAGCAAUGCUACCCACUGUAACACCAUGCCAUACUUUCUCAGAUUCAAUGUGUGCCAAAUAAUAAUAAUAAUAAUAAUAAUAAUAACAUUUUUCUCCUAAAAAGGACUAUAAAAGAACAACAAACGAACCAGUAACCAGACUUUAUGCAGCAGAUGCAUAAAGGUGCUCAUGUAACAGCCUGGGAAAACACUUCACAUGAUCAAAUUUUCUCCUAAAUACCCCUGAAUAGUGCAUGU